AUAUAUACAUGAUAUAUAAUACAAAAAUAUGUAUUUGCUUCAAUUAUUUCUCACUCCAGAGAUGCCAACAUUCUACUCUGAGACAGAGAAGCCCCAGUCUACCCAGAGUUCCAAGGCCCCCUCCAGUUCAAGCGCAAUACCAGCCAAGUACAAGAGGUGGAUAGUUGAUGACCCAACAGACACUAACUGCCCUCAGUGUGGCACCUUCCCCACCCAGAAAUGUCUGGAGUAUCAUCGGCAAGUUGCACACAAUAAGUUUUGCGAUGUUUGCAAUACUCGUUUGGACCACCUAGAGUUGAGUGAACUGAUGCACCAUGGGAUGCUUCACACAGAUGUAAAGCCAUUCCAGUGUGAGGUGUGCUAUAAGUUAUUUGGGUCAAAAUCUGGCCUGUUCAUACAUCAGAUCAAGAAUGUCAUGUGCACAAUGUGCUCAAAGAUAUUCCAACCUGGCAGGAUAUCCUCCCACAUGAAGGCUUCACAUGGCAUAGGUUGAACUCUUUGAUCAGAUCAGCGUGAUGUUUGUGCAUUACUUGGCACUGGUCAACCCUCAAAAUGUGACCUUGACAUAGGUUGACCCAGGGGCAAUAUUGGGGUCAGCUUAACAUUCUAACAAUAUUGGGUGUAAAAGGUCGUUUCUGACAAAUAAACAUUGACAUGUGAACUUUACAUUGAUUGAUCCCUGAAUCUCAGCAAGAUACUCCAAACUACAAUGUUGCUUGAUUCAAUUUAUUUUAUUAAUCUCAAAAAUCAAUAUAUAUGAAUAAUCUCAAAAAUCAAUAUAUAAAAAUUCAUAAAAUAUCAUACAUAAAAUCUGAAAAUAGACAAUUAGAUGUUGGUGAACAUCUCUCUUUUGAUCACAACUUAAAAAAUAUAUGGCAUUUGUAUAAAAUAAUUAAAUAAUAUAUCAAAAGCUUCACACUAUAAAUAUAUUGUACAGCAGAUUGUGAUCAUGAUACACAAAUCAUGGUUGGAUUAAUAUUCAACUCUUCAGUUCAGUAAUGCUGCAUUUUUAAAGUUUUAAAAAUAUUUGCUUCAUUUUUUAAAUUUCCCACUGAUCAAAAAAUUGAAAAGAUUGAAAUACUCUGUCAUACCUGCCAACCUACCGUAUUUUUACGGGAAUCUACCGUAAAUUUUUCGUUUUUCCGUAAAAAAAUGACAAACUACCGUAAAAAAAUACCAUUUUUUUCCCGUAAAAACGCCCGUAAAAAAAUCUACCGUAUUUUUUUCGUAAUCUACCGUAAAUUUUAUUUUUAAAAAACUCGUUUAUUCCAUGAGAACGGCCGUAAAAUCUACCGUAAAUUUUUGAAAAUC